UGGGGGGUAUAAAAAGCGGGGGUGGGGGGUGGAGGGACGUCCUCCGAGUUCGUUCGAAGCCAUCCAUCAUCGCACGAGAUAUAGUCGCAACAUCCGCACCGUUACCAAAACCACAGAAGUAAGAAACCGAAAGGCACAACAAUGCAGGUCCAAAACUACAUCGGCUCCCUCCCGGAGAAGCUCGUCGGCACCGUCCCGACCGCGACGCCUACCGUCAGCAUCAAGGAUCCGAUUCUCAAGACCCGUGCUCUGGAAUUCUACGGCAAGAAGGAUCUGAGGGUCGUCGACCGCCCGCGCCCGAUGAUCAGCCACCCCAAGGACGCGAUUGUGAAGAUCACGGCGACGACGGUGUGCGGGAGCGAUUUGCAUUUGUAUCAUCGGCAGAUUCCCGAGAUCGAGAAGCACGACGUCUUCGGGCACGAAGCCGUAGGCAUAAUCGAGCAAGUCGGGGCGGAGGUGACGAACCUGCACGUCGGGCAGCGGGUGGUGAUAUCCGCGAUCAUCGGGUGCGGCGAGUGCUGGUUCUGCCAGCAGGAGCUGUUUUCGAGCUGCGAGACGACCAACAACUCCGGGACCAUGACGUAUCUGUAUGGCCACCAUUCCGCGGGCAUCUUUGGGUACUCGCAUCUGUUGGGCGGGUAUGAUGGCCUCCAAGCAGAGAUCGCCCGCGUCCCCUUCGCCAACGUCAACCUCCUCCCUCUCCCAGACAGCGUUUCCGACGCGCACGGCAUCGUCCUCUCCGACAUCGCGUGCACGGGAUGGCACGGGGUAGACCUCGGCGAAGUCUCGUCCGCCGAAGGGCGCAACACCGUCGCGGUGUGGGGGGCCGGGCCGGUGGGGCUCAUGGCUGCACGGUGGGCGUUGCAUCGCGGGGCCAAGAAGGUGGUCGUGAUCGACACCGUCGCUGCGCGGCUGGAGGUUGCGCGGUCGAUCGGGUGUGUGCCGCUGGACUUUGCGAAGGAGGAUGUGUACGAGACGCUCAUGAAGCAUUUCCCGGCCAAUGGAGGCGGGCCCGAUGUCGCGAUCGACUGUGUCGGAUUCCGGUAUAACAAGAGUUACCUGCAUGCGAUCCAGCGCGGGUUGAACCUGGAGACGGAUGGCGUGGAUGUCGUCGCCGAGUGUAUCAAGUGUGUGCGGAAGUGUGGGGUGGUCGUGCUGAUCGGGGAUUACGCUGGCCUCGCAAACCAGUACCCCGUCGGCGCGCAGAUGGAAAAAGGCCUCACCAUGCGCGGCGGACAAGUCUUUGUCCAAAAAUACUGGAAGCACCUCCUCCACCUCAUCGAAACCGGCGAAAUGGACCCGUCCUUCGUCAUCACGCACACCUUCCCGUUCGAGGAGAUGCCGAAGGCGUAUGCGCUGUUUGAUGAGAAGAAGGAUGGGAUCAUCAAGUGUGUUGUUACGACUAGUUAUUCGAAGUAGGCGGUGUGGAAAGGUUAUCCAAGACUGGGGGUGGUGAGAAGUGGGGGAUUUUACUUUCUUGGGGAGUUUUAUCAUCAUCAUAAUGUACAUAUACGUCGAAUAUGCAUCUGCUUCACGGUUGAGUUUGAACGGUGCGUGUGGUGUUGCGCUGGGGCAUCUUGUGUGGAGUGGAUGUGAAAGUUUGCGAGGGAACUACGCAG